AUGGGGUUGCUGACUGCGAUGGAGGUGCUACUGAGGCGAGGAGUAGACACCACCAAGAUGGGGGACACAAGACAAAUGUCCUCCGGAGAUCGUUUUCUUAUUGCUUGUUUCCUCGGUGCCUCGAUAUGGAAUGCAAUAGGCAUGUUUCCCAUGAUAUUGCUUACGUUCAAGAGACUGUGGACGCUCUAUUUCUGGGCAAUGGCUUUAUCGACCGUCGGGAUUCUCGUUUGCUCGGCUUCACAGAUCAUCAGCGUCGCGACGCCUCAGGUGAACAGCAUGGUCAAUGGGGUCAUGUCGUGCAUUGGAUGGGUCUUCAUGGUCACCGGACAGUCACUUGUACUGUACUCCCGUCUUCACCUCUUGGCUAUCAGACCGAAAGUGUUACGCCUGGUGCUUUGUAUGAUCAUCGUCAACGGAAUUACAAUUCACAUCACGGGAACUGUCCUCACAGUUGGCACCCGCUUGCGGCCCCCAAUGUCGGUUCGUUUCACGCAAGUCUACAGCGUCUUCGAGAGGAUAAACAUCACUAUGUUCUUUACACAAGAAACAAUCCUAUCGGGGCUGUACCUCUGGAAGUCUCGCGACUUGCUUGGCCGCUACUCAAAACCCAAGGCAGCCGAGGAACCCAGUAUUCGGCAAUACGCAAGUCCUAGAGCAGGCAACUCGUUGCGAAUCGUGAAGGACAUUCUCACUCAACUGAUAGUUGUGAACAUAUUUAUCUUAUUUCUGGACAUAACAUUGUUGGUCCUAGAGGUAAGUAGAGAAUGCGAAAUCACAAUUCUGAAUCGUCUGCUCGAUUUUGCGAACCGCUCAAGACGGCUCAACACCGAAUUUCAAAUUGUGACAGAUCUGCAAAGAGAAUGGGACUCAACCCUGGAGCGAGCAUUCGGAACGCAGACGAGCGCAGAGAUAGGCAACAACAGCUCUGCACAACAAAAUCCCCGCUUCGGUACUAGGGAAUCAUCAGGCUCCCGUGUCAGUCAGGAGAAAUGGAUCGAGCGACAGGACAUCAGCAUCCCCGAGACAUGA